GAGCGGUUCUGACAUCCAGAACACCCCGGCAGGAGACCACCACAGACGUGGCCCGGUCCGGGUGAGAUCUGGAGGAAACACUCUUUAGUCCUGGGAGACGUUUUUUUAUUAGAAACCUGAGAUGUCGGUUCGACCAAGCUGUGUCUCGGGCGGGAGCCGCUGCGGGACGAGACAUGUCUGAUCAGGGAUCAGGAUCCACCCCCAUCGCCGCAGGUCACAAAAACCCACAUCUUCCCGAACACGCAGCGAAAGCGACCUGCUCCAGACUCAACUUCUCACUCACCUUCCGCGAGGAUGUCCGGUCGCUCUCGGUCAGGGUCUCCGGGUCGUCCGCGGUGGUCCAGGUGACUCCGUCGGUCCGCCUCCUCUACAUGAUGAUGGGCUUCCUGAACCCGGAACACUCCGCUCUGUGCUCCGUUAACUAUAAAAGGAGCGGGUUCCUCUGAAAGAUCCGAGCCAAUCAGCGGGCCUUGAACGCAACGCCAGGGCGAGCAGACACCUGAGCGCAGUCUUCACCUUCCAGAACGUGCCUCCUCGCUUGAAACGUUGCCUGCCGUCGGCACUACAUUUCCCAUGUUGCACCGGGUGAGCGGAAGCGUGUGAUUACGUGUGCUCCUCGUCCAGGCAACAUGGCAGGCAAUGAGCCCACGGGUCUUUUGCAGCAGCUGCGCCAGAUCGCAGGCAGGAUGUCAUCCGGGCCUCGUGGUGCCGGUGCCGGGGUCAAACUGCUGAUCGGAGCGGCGGCGCUGGCGUACGGCGUGAAGGAGGCCACCUACACAGUGGAAGGAGGGCAGCGUGCUGUCAUCUUCAACAGGAUCGGGGGGAUGCAGGCGGACACGGUGCUGGCUGAGGGGCUGCACUUCAGAGUUCCUUGGUUCCAGUAUCCAAUCAUCUAUGACAUCCGGGCCACGCCCAGAAAGAUCUCCUCUCUCACUGGCAGCAAAGACCUCCAGAUGGUGAACAUCUCUCUGCGAGUCCUGUCACGGCCGCAGGCGUCGACCUUGCCGCUCCUCUACCAGCGUCUGGGGAAAGACUACGACGAGCGCGUGCUGCCAUCCAUUGUCAACGAGGUGCUGAAGAGUGUCGUGGCCAAGUUCAACGCCUCCCAGCUGAUCACACAGAGGGCACAGGUGUCACUACUGAUUCGUAGAGAGCUGGUGGAGCGGGCCAAAGACUUCAACAUCAUCCUGGACGACGUGGCCAUCACGGAGCUCAGCUUCAGCCGUGAAUACACCGCUGCCGUCGAGGCCAAGCAAGUUGCCCAGCAGGAGGCACAGCGAGCGCAGUUCUACGUGGAGAAGGCCAAACAGGACCAGCGACAGAAGAUUGUCCAGGCUGAGGGCGAAGCAGAGGCAGCAAAGAUGUUGGGUUUGGCUAUCUCCAAAAAUCCUGGCUACUUGAAGCUCCGGAAGAUCCGGGCCGCUCAGAACAUCGCUAAGACGAUGUCCCAGUCUCAGAACAGAGUUUACCUGAGUGCUGACAGCCUGGUGUUGAACUUGCAAGAGGGGGGUGGAUUUGAUCUGCUGCAGCAGAAGUAGUUCGGACCUGGCAUGGAGCGAAGGGGCAGUGCAUCGACUGACAAGGAGUAGCAGCAGCAGCAGCAGCUUCUGGGCCAAACUGAACCUUCCUUCUGACUCUACUUCCUGUUUGGGACCAGUUUGAUAAAGUUUGUACGAUUUUUUUGUUUGUCAAUAAAUGGAUUCUUCUA